UUAUGAUCAUUUGGUUGAAUCCAUCAAGGCCAAAACAGGUGAUGACUUUGAGGAUAUUAUCUAUAGAAUUCCCAAUACUUCAAACAACAUCAACAUGAUACGGUCAGAAGAUGAUCUAGUGGAGUAUGUUAAACUUGUGAAGUUACAUGGACCCAUAGAUAUGUAGUUGUCAAUAAAGAUAAAGCUAACGGCGAAACAGAGCCCCGGGUUUCAAUUCAUAACACAUCCACCUUCAGCAACCACCACUCACCACAACAUGCCAACUCACACACUUCUAGUGUGACUUACGUUAACAAGCAUUUUGCUUUCAAGCCAACCGAUCAAGAGUUAGUUGAGUUUCUUGUCAGAUUGAAUAAUGGAGCUGAUACCCAUCCAGACAAAGUAUCACACAUUAACUUAUUUGAGAUGCAUCCCGCCGUAAUAAUUCGAAACCGUGAUUUACAUCCCUGUAUGCUGGACACACAAGAGUACUUCUUGUUUUAUUGCGAGGUACCCAAUACCAUUCGUGAUAAAACUGGGUACCUACAUAUCCAAGAUCAGACAAACGGUCUAUGGGAAGCCACCUGCUUUUCUUCCACCAUCUCCUGCGAAUUUUCGGACUAUACAGCUCAGGAAGGACAACUCCAACAUUUCAGCUAUAAAGAUGUGGAUCAGAGAACAACUAAUUGGAGGAUGGUUCUCUACACCAUUCCAGAGUCAAAGAUGGCGAUUUGCAAGGUGUAUGAGACUGUGGACUCAACGUAUGUGGAGGGACUGGGAAGAGUUGUCAAGGCAAAAAGAGACUUCAAGGGAAGUCAAAAGCUGGUUGCUGCAGAAGCUAUCAAGAUUGACUUGUUGGAGGUGGCUUUAGCAGAAGCGAAGAAUAAUCAUGUUAGAUUUAGGUCUGACAUGGAGUCUAAAUUCUUACUUCUCGGCACUGAAGUGAGAAGGCUGAUGAAAGAAGUGCACAAGGAGGCUAAUUUUAUAGACCCAACAUAUCGGGCAAAAAAAAGGAAAUUGGGAGACAUCGAGAAACAGGCUUUUCUAAAAGAAAGAGCACAUAGAGCUGCCCGAAAGUUUAAGAAGGUACAAAAAGCUAGCAAUCGUAAGAAGGUCGAGAUAAAAGCCGUGAAACUUGUAAUAGAAAGAGCACAAAGAUCGCUGGAGAAGAAGUUACAAAGAGUUGCUGGGUAUCGUAAGAUGGCCAAGAUCAAAGUCGUGAAACUUCUAAAAGAAAGAGCACAAUGAUCGUGGGAGAAGAAGUUACAAGGAGUUGCUGGGUAGCGUAAGAAGGUCCGUAAAUAGUUAAAUCUAUGAUUCCUCAUGGCUAACUUUAGAAUCUUUGGGUAUGUUUUUUUCAUGGACUUGUGUUCCCAAGGUCUCAUGACCAGUUUUUACGGUCGAGUACUUGCUCAUGAUGUUAUACAUUCAUCUUGCAUUUUUUGUUUCUGUUUUCACAAUGACAAUUGGUUAGAUAUUCCAUGUGUGUUUGUAGGCAAGGGAUCCAUGAUGUUAGGUCGUAGAUUUUGAUCAUCAUUCUUCUCGGGUCUAAAGCCAUCAAUUUAUCUGUUAAUUUUGUUUAAACUGGAAUUUUCAAAUUUAAUUUUGGUGA